GCGACACAUCCGGCCGGUCCCUAUCAAUCGAUCAGAGAGAGGAAGAUGGCGGUGGAUGGAGUUAACGGGGCUGGAUCGAUCACCGAAAAACUCGAUUGGGUUUGUUUUCCCUAGCUGAGCGGAACACUCAAUAUCGCCGCCCGAGCAGCGGUUUGAACCCGGAGUGACGACGCGACCACACGGAGCGCUGCCGGCCUCUUCUAACCCCCCCCCGGCAAGGCUUCGGGGCGAUGGAGUUCCCGUGGCACAGUGGGAAAGUUCUGGAGCAGCUGAAUCGCCAGCGCAGACAGGGCAUGCUGUGUGACUGCACUUUUGUUGUGGACGGGGUGGACUUCAAGGCCCACAAAGCAGUGCUGGCGGCCUGUAGUGUGUACUUCCGCACCCUAUUCCUGGACCAGAAGGAUGUGGUGCACCUGGACAUCAGCAAUGCAGCAGGUUUGGGUCAGGUCCUGGAGUUCAUGUACACGGCCAAGCUGACUUUAAGUCCUCAGAAUGUGGAAGACGUGCUGACCGUUGCUAACUUCCUGCAGAUGCAAGAGAUUGUAAAUGCCUGCUCUGCGUACCAGUCGAUGGCUAAUCCUGCUCCGUCCCUAAUAACACUGGAUUUUGCCGUUGAAGAGAAACAAGGUGACGAGGAGCAUGUGGAGGAACUGGAGAGUGACCUGGCAGAAGUGGCAUCUCAAGCAGAGGAGACUCCCUGCACACCCACGGAAGAGAAAAAGCCCACAAAAAACCAGGAACCCAUCCAGGAGGACAUCCCCACCGAGACGCAACAGACUGUUUCUUGGCCCGAAGCCAGCAGAACCCACUCGGCCCGAGGACGAGUCCCCAAAACCAACUAUGCUCAAAAGAGGAUAUCUGUGAAGGAGGAGGAAAGUGCUGCACCAGAGGCGCCCGGAUUUCAGGAUGACGACCCCUCUGACACUGACUACACUCCCAAAUCGCACCCAAAUUCUGCUGGCAGCUCAUCCUACAUGAGCUCUCGGGGGAGACGAAUCAGAAAACCUCCUCGAAGAAACUUCCCACCUGACAACGACUCAGAGGAAGAAGGCACCUCAAAGUCCAAAGCGCAGAAGAGGGUGGUGGAGCCGGCAGAAGUAGCCAGUGAACUGGAGGACGACUGUGAGGAGACCGGCGACGGGGAAGCCGACGACGAAGAGGGGUCUGGAGAGGAAGAUGACGAGGAAGUCAAUUCGGGCAGCGAAUUAGACUGCGGGCAAACUCUGUCGGCGUCUAUGAGCAGCCGAUCCGAGUCAAAGCCUUACAGCUCUGUGACGCACGAAUGCGAGGACUGUGGGAAGAAAUUCACCCACACUGGCAACUUCAAGCGACACAUGCGUAUUCACACCGGAGAGAAGCCGUUCAGCUGUCGGGAUUGCAACAAAGCGUUCUCUGACCCCGCGGCCUGCAAAGCCCACGAGAAAACGCACAGCCCUUUGAAGCCAUACUGUUGCUCGACUUGUGGGAAGAGCUACCGCCAGAUCAGCCUGCUCAACCUGCACCGCAAGCGGCACACGGGCGAAGCGCGGUACAGCUGCGAAGUGUGCGGCAAGCUCUUCACUACGUCCGGCAACCUGAAGCGCCACCAGCUGGUGCACAGCGGCGAGAAGCCGUACCACUGCGACUACUGCGAUAAGGCUUUCUCCGACCCCACCGCCAAGAUGCGACACCUGGAGACGCACGACACGGAGAAGGGCAACAAGUGUGCGUACUGCGACAAGCGCUUCAACCAGCCGGGAAAUCUGAAGGCUCACUUAAAAAUCCAUAUCACAGACGGGCCUCUCAAGUGCAAGGAAUGUGGCAAACAGUUUACUACUUCAGGAAAUCUGAAGAGACACCUGCGAGUCCACAGCGGGGAGAAACCGUACGUCUGCAUGCACUGCCAGAGAGCUUUCAGUGACCCUGGAGCUCUGCAGCGGCACGAACGCAUCCACACAGGAGAGAAGCCCUGCGUCUGUCUUAUCUGUGGCAAAGCCUUCACGCAGGCCAGCUCGCUCAUCGCCCACGUCCGCCAGCACACCGGAGAGAAGCCCUACGUGUGCGACCGCUGUGGCAAAAGGUUCGUGCAGUCCAGUCAACUGGCCAAUCACAUCCGGCAUCACGACAAUGUCCGGCCGCACAAGUGUCAGAUGUGCAACAAGGCAUUCGUUAACGUGGGAGACCUGUCGAAGCACAUCAUCAUUCACACCGGGGAGAAGCCUUUCCUGUGCGAUAAGUGCGGCAGAGGGUUCAACCGGGUGGACAACCUGCGCUCCCACGUUAAGACCGUCCACCAAGGCAAGGCCGGCAUGAAGCGGCUGGUGAUGGCCGGGGGCAGCGCGGACGAGGGGGCCGAUGGGUGCGCAGGGGCGUCCACCUCUGACAGCGAGAUCAACAUAGUCACCGUCACCACAGAGGACAUCGUCACCCUGGCAACUGAGGCCCUGGCUGCCAGUGCGGUAGCACAGCUGACAGUGGUUCCAGUGGCUGCUUCAGUGUCUGCAGAUGAGACGGAGGCUUUGAAAGCUGAAAUAACCAAGGCGGUAGAGAAAGUGCAUGAAGCAGACCCCAACACUCAGAUCUUGUACGCUUGUGAUUCAUGUGGUGAUAAAUUCUUGGACGCCAGCUCCCUGGCCCAGCACGUACGCAUCCACACAGCUCAGGCCUUGGUCAUGUUUCAGGCCGAUUCUGACUUCUACCAAUACACCACAGCCACCACCGCUGAGGGGGACUCUGCCACAACAUGGCAACCCACCGCUGAACAAGUCAUCCAGGAAGGAGACCUGAUCUUCCGUGCCCAGGUUGGAGAGGGAGAGAUAGUGGGGGAGACGCAAGGAGAAGAGACUGGAGAGGCGAUUAAUGUGGAGGAGAGGGAGGAUCAAGAGAUGGAAGCUCACACUGAGACCCACACGGAGGAAAAUGAUGAAGCUGCAGCGGAGGUAGAGGAGGAAAAACAAGAGGAAAUGGAAUGUGACAGUCAGGCUUAGGAAAUAUGAAGACAUUAAUUGAGUUGAUGAGGCUUCAGAGUUUCAAAAUACCAUGAUGUUAAAAUACAUCUAAACUGGAUUCAUAAUAUACAACACUUUAUACACAAUUUUAUCUCUGAUUGUAUGUUAAAAAAAAUCAUGUGUUUUGCAGUCCUAAUUCCAGAAAAGAGGUCAGAUUAGGUAAAUAUUGUUGAUAAUUGUUCCAGAGAUGUUUAUACUGCGUUGUAUAGUCUGUUUAUUUUUAGAAUGAAAUUCAGGACUUUGCAGUGUCCUUUGUAUUUACAUCACAAUUUACUUAGAGAAAGAUCUGUGUGUUAUUUUUCCAUUUCACUCCGAAUAGAUGUGUACAUUUCCCUUUUAAAGAGUCAAAAUAUUUUAUUGUACUUAGUUGUAAGUAUUUUCAUGAAAAUCGGGGUACUGGAGAUUGAAAUGGGAGGGGAUUGUCACCUCUUUUCAGAAGUGGGAUGUCAUGGAGUUGUAUUCUGGCAAAUACUGUAAAUGAUGUGCUGGUCUAUUAUUUGUAUAUUUGUUGUGUCCUCUAAAAACAGUUGACAACCUAGUCAACAAUUCUCAGUUUCACAUUGAUACUAAGACAGUUGUCUUUCAUGGUUUAUGGUCAUAAUCGUGUAAAGAUGGUUCCUUGUAGCCAAUGGUUUUUAUUUUGUCUGCUAAUAUUUACACCUGCAAGAUGCGCCAGUAGAUCAUACGCUCAGUAACUGCUUCGGCUCACUGGAAGUCAUCAUCUCAUCAAUAAAAAAUCUGCACUGUC